GGGCCCCUUUUUUUGAGGCAAGCUUUAGAUUGCGUUAAAUUAGGCAAAACUAACACGGCAGCCCACCUAACACACACACUAAUUAAUUUUUAUUUUUAAUAAAUAAACUAUUUAAUCUAAGAAGAGUGCAGUAAUUGAAGCGUGCGGUCCAAGCGAAGCUGCCAUCACUGUUUCAGUAACCUCUGAUGUGUGGUGACUCUCUCUGUGUGUAGUGUGUGCAACUCCCAAAACCCCCUCUGCAAAAACUUUUAUCUGAAUUUUCAAUCUUUUUUUCCUUUUGAUUUCCCUUUUUAGGGGAUAAGGAAUUCCAAGAUUUUUAUAUUCUGUGUUGUGGGUCUUGUUUGUUUUUUAAUUUUCUUGAACGCUCUGCGAAAAAGGUGGAGUCUUUUGAUAAUUUCAGGAGGGUUUAGAGAGAGAGAGAGAGAGAGAGAGAGAGAGAGAGGGUGAAGAAGAGUAGAAUAUGGGUGAAGAAGAGUAGAAUAUUUCGGUGGAAAUUGGAUGGGAGUGAGAGAAAGGAAGUGGGAGGGUGAUGAGGAAGUCUUUUAAAGAUUCACUCAAAGCGCUUGAAGCUGAUAUCCAGCAUGCCAACACCUUGGCAUCAGAUUAUCCGAGGGCGUAUGAUGGCGCCUGCCUUCAGAUGAGACUAUCGUAUAGCCCUUGCGCACAUAUUUUCCUCUUCCUUAUUCAAUGGACUGAUUGUCACCUAGCUGGUGCGCUCGGGCUGAUUAGGAUCCUUAUUUACAAGGCUUAUGGUAAUGGUAAGACAACCAUGUCUAUUCAUGAAAGGAAAGCUAGUUUGAGGGAGUUCUACGGAGUGAUAUUCCCCUCUUUGCUGCAACUCCACAACGGUAUCACUGAUGCCGAGGAGAGGAAGCAGAGAGAGCUGUGUGAGACUAAGUACACGAGAAGAGAUGAGAUGAGCAAGGGAAAAUUGUCUGAAAUUGAAAUCGAGAGGGAGGAGGAAUGUGGGAUUUGCAUGGAGAUGAGCACCAAGGUUGUCCUGCCCAGAUGCAGUCAUUCCUUGUGUAUUAAGUGCUACAGGGACUGGCGCGCUAAAUCUCAGUCGUGUCCGUUCUGUCGGGAUAGUCUGAACCGGAUGAAUUCUGGGGAGCUCUGGAUAUACACCAGCAACUGUGACAUAACUGACUUAUCCACCAUUGCAAAGGAAAAUCUGAAGCGACUGGUCGUGUACAUCGAGAAACUGCCCCUCGUCGUUCCAAAUCCGAUGGUGGUCUCUUAUGAUCCUCAUUCUUGAACAAGGGCUGGGCUCCUUGUUCAUCUCUUGUACAGAGUAAUAUGUCAGGUGAUUUUUUUAUGUGAUUCUAUUUAUAUAUAUUCUAUUCUACAUUUGUCAUACUGUAUAUAUGGUUUGGCCAGCUUUAGACCAUAGAAACAAGCUUGCACGAUUGUGUUAAUUUCAAAUUUCUUCUCAUCCGA